AUGAGUAACAAUAAAUUGAAAAUUAAAAUAAAAUCAAUAUUUGAGAGUUACCUGCAAUUCAGCACGCGUGGACAGAAUGUCCAUAGGAUAAAUUUAUCCUGUAUUAAUGAUGAAACUAAUGAGAAUAUAAUUUAUAGGUCAGAGCAAAGACCCAUAUUAGUAGAAUAUUUGAUUGAGGGUACAGACCUAAAGUUAAAACGAGAGUUAUAUCCUUUAGAUAACAUACAAAUACAAGAUGUCUUCGAAUGGGUUAGUGAAUUCAGAGAUGUUUCAGUUCUGGCUAAAUGGGAAGAAGCGGCAGCACUUCAAGUACUUAGAAGUAUGGUGUCUAAAGAGAUCAGACAAGAAAUAUCAUCGUUAAGAACAGUAGAAACAUGCCUAUUUGCAAUAUUAAAACUUAAGUAUCCUUCUAGAUUAAUGAUGAUGUUUUUAUCAAAUGCUAAAGCAAUAAGACAGAGAGAUUACACUUACAUAGCAUCUUAUUCUAAAACACAAUGUAAAGCACUUCAAGCAUAUUUUAUUAGUUGUUCUAUUACAAAGGCACAACAAAAUAGCAAAUUGGAAGAACUUUUCUUUGAGAAUCUUGAACCAUCUACCAAGAUGUACUUGCUAGAAAAAGAGAUUACAACGAAAGAUGAAGCAAUUACAAAGAUACAAGGCAUGGAGGGAGUUAUCAUUCAAAUGAAUUUUGAAAGAAUUUCUAAUGAUGAAGAAAUAACUAAUCAACAAACAAUAACCCAGCCAACGAAUGAUACUAAUAAACAAACUAAGUGGUGUACUAAACAUAGUAAUGCCACACAUAAUACAUCUGAAUGCUUUUCAGUAUUAAAGAAGAAAAGCAAAAGUAAGAGUGAUUCAAAGAAAAGUUUGAAUGAAUCAAAGAAUAAUUCAAACUCAUCGGUGACCAAUAAUAUGAUAAUAGAACCAUGUUCUAAGAUAAACUCGAUAGAAGUACCUAUAAAGAUUGGUAAAGAAGAGUAUAAUGCCGUAUUAGAUACAGGUGCAUCAGUAAAUUACGUAUCUGAUAAAAUCUGUGCUCGUAGCAACCUAAAUUUUAGCGGUUCACAGAAACUUGGAAUAAGGUUAGCUAAUGGUGACAUUAUUCAAUCCUUAGGAUCUGUUAAAACAGAUAUAUUAAUUAAGGGUAUUGAUCAUACAAUUUUUAAAGGAAACUUUAGGGUAGUAAAAGACUUGCAUGCUGAAGUUAUACUAGGACUACAAUUCCUUAUGGAACAAGGAAUAAAAAUAGAUCUAAAUGAUAUGACUUUGACAUGUGAGAAUGAAACUAUUUUUAUUAGGGAAACUGAAUUAAAAGAGUGGAACGAAACACCUGAUGCUGAGAUAAUUAAUAUACCAGGGUUGUUCCAUCUUCAAGAAGAUAGAGAGUUUAGAACAAACAUCCUAAAUAUAGUAAAGGAAUUUAAGGAAUUGAAUCCUGAACUUGGAAUGAUUCCAAAUGUGGAAUUUACCAUUGAAAUGAAUGAUACUAAACCUAUACGUAGUACACCAUUUUCAGUGCCAUACAAACAAUAUGAUGUUCUUAAAAAUGAGAUCAAUAGACUAGAAAAAUUAGGUAUAAUACGUAAGAGUAAUAGUAAUUAUGGUUCGCCAGCUUUUUGUAUUACAAAAAAGAAUGGUAAGACGAGAUUAGUUGUAGAUUUAUGA